GUCGAGGUCAUCGAGCACCCACCACGACACUCCCUCUUUGCCAUCCAUCACCUAAUUGACGCGAAUCGGACGAGCCGCUACCGCCAUCAUGGCCAACGAUCCGCGACAAAUGUGGGAGGCGCUGCAGAAGAACAUGCAACGAGUGCAGCAGCAGGGCAAGAAAUUCGGCGGUGGUGCUCCAGGUGGACCUGGACCUAAGGGAGCGCUGACGGGCAUCGGCGGACUAUUGCUGCUGGGCGGUGGCGCGUGGUUCUUCAACAAUGCCCUCUUCAACGUGGAGGGUGGUCAUCGCGCGAUCAAGUACACGAGGAUAGGCGGUGUCGGAAAGGAAAUCUACAGCGAAGGAACACACGUCCGCAUUCCCUGGUUCGAGACGCCCGUCGACUACGAUGUCCGCGCCAAACCGAGAAACGUCGCCUCCUUGACCGGCACCAAGGACUUGCAAAUGGUCAAUAUCACAUGUCGUGUGCUUUCACGACCGCGAAUCGAUGCGCUGCCGCAAAUCUACAGGACGCUGGGUACAGAUUACGAUGAGCGCGUGCUACCGAGUAUCGUGAACGAGGUGCUGAAGAGCGUCGUGGCGCAAUUCAAUGCAUCUCAGCUCAUCACACAGCGUGAGAACGUCAGUAGAUUGGUACGGGACAACUUGGUCAGGAGAGCAGCACGAUUUAAUAUUAUGCUGGACGAUGUCUCGCUGACGCACCUUGCUUUCUCGCCCGAGUUCACUGCCGCCGUCGAAGCGAAGCAAGUCGCUCAGCAAGAAGCACAACGAGCUGCCUUCGUUGUCGACAAGGCCAGACAGGAGAAGCAGGCCACUGUUGUUCGCGCACAGGGUGAGGCACGCUCUGCGGAACUGAUUGGUGAUGCCAUCAAAAAGAGUCGAUCAUAUGUGGAUCUGCGAGAGUUUGAGAAUGCCAGGAAUGUGGCUGCAAUCCUUGAGAAAUCGCAGAACAAGGUCUAUCUGGACACUAACGGCCUUGGCCUGAAUCUCUCGCAAACAAGCGACGAGAAGAAAGCCGGGCGAUGAGCGUACAAUGGACAGAGAACUAGGGAGUGUACAAAGUAAAAUCGGUGAUGGGGAAAAGCAUGGCUUUAACAAGCUGGUCAUGAGCGAGCAUGCUGCUAUACUGUGUAUGUAUACCAGAACUACUCUACUUCUUGCCUCAGCCGCCCUCCGGCGUCAUCACUUAUUCCGGAC